UUCCAAAAUUCACGUUUCUUUUUUUCGGAGGACAAUCCAAAAAAAGUGUCAAGUUUGUCCAAGGACGCAGAAAGGAGAUGAGUGUCAGCACUGUGCUCCUGCUCUUCAUCCUCUCCCUCACAAGCAGCAGGGCGGAGAAUGCAGAGGAGCGGCUGGUGAACUACCUGUUGGGUCCAGAGCGCUACAACAAACUGAUCAGACCAGCUGUCAAUAAGACCCAACAGGUCACCAUCUCCAUACAGGUGUCUCUGUCUCAGCUCAUCAGUGUAAAUGAGAGGGAACAGAUAAUGACGACCAACUUGUGGCUGUUUCAGGAGUGGAAUGACUACAGGUUGAGAUGGGACCCAGAGAAGUACGAAGGCAUAAAGAAACUACGAAUACCAUCCAAACUCAUCUGGCUCCCUGACAUAGUGCUCUACAACAAUGCUGACGGUGUGUACGAGGUUUCCUUCUACUGCAACGCCGUGGUCUCCAACACGGGAGACAUCUUCUGGCUUCCCCCGGCCAUCUACAAGUCGGCCUGCGCCAUCGAGGUGCAGAACUUCCCCUUCGACCAGCAGAACUGCACGCUCAAGUUCCGCUCCUGGACUUACGACCACACGGAAAUGGAUCUGAUCCUCACCAGCGACUUCGCCAGCCGAGACGACUUCACGCCGAGCGGAGAGUGGGACAUAGUCUCGCUGCCGGCACGCAAAAACGAGGACCCCAACGACAUCACCUACCUGGAUAUCACGUAUGAUUUUGUGAUCAAGAGGAAGCCGCUGUUCUACACCAUUAAUCUGAUCAUCCCGUGUGUUCUGAUCACCUCGCUGGCCAUCCUGGUCUUCUACCUGCCGUCAGACUGCAAAGAGAAGAUGACGCUGUGUAUCUCGGUGCUGCUGGCGCUCACUGUGUUCCUGCUGCUGAUAUCAAAGAUAGUGCCACCCACCUCCCUCGCAGUGCCACUCAUAGGUAAAUACUUGAUGUUCACCAUGGUGCUGGUCACAUUCUCCAUUGUGACCACCGUUUGUGUUCUCAAUGUGCACCACCGCUCCCCGUCCACCCACCACAUGCCCGACUGGGUCAAACGCCUCUUCUUAAUCCGCCUGCCUAACUUCCUCCUGAUGAGGCGUCCAGGCUCCUCCCAUGUCCGCGAUAAACUCCGCAGGAAGUACCCCAACAGGAGUACUGUCGGGAAGAACACUUCCCAGUGCGGCACAGACAAGAGGCAGUACUCCAACAUCAGACUCGGCGGGAUCCGAACAGAUGCCGACUCCUUCUACGUGAAUGAGGACUUGGCACACAAGUUUUGCUGGAAGGUGGACGACGUCCCAGAUGGAGGUGGAGGGUUUUCAGACUUCCGCAGGCCUUUGGCUGUUCAGUGGGAUGCAGAUGUGGAGGAGGCGGUGGAUGGAGUGAGAUAUAUCGCUGAACACAUGAAGACAGAAGACGAUGAUGAAGGGAUCAUAGAAGACUGGAAGUACGUUGCCAUGGUGAUAGACCGUCUGUUCCUGUGGAUCUUCAUCCUGGUGUGUGUGGUCGGGACUCUGGGGCUCUUCAUGCAGCCGCUGUUCCAAAGCUACAACACACCCAUCGCUGACGACACAGAGUAUGGAGAUUUCUAGGAUAUAUGGAGAUGAACUAUCACAUCUAUAACUGAGAAGCUGCACCAGGUCUGACUCUGAUCUGUGUUUGCUGGUUGGAUCUGAUCCAUAACCAGCAUAAUAAGUGAAACCACAACAGUGGUUGUCUUUGCAAGAGUGACCCUGGAACAAACACAAUCAUUCUGGGACACUUUUUUUAUUAUUAGUUUUUUUUUUUUUUUACUGCAUGGCUUCUAUUUCUGAUGGACUAUGCCACCCUCCAAGCAAAACAGUCAUCGCAGGCAAUCUUGAUAUACUUUUUAUAUCUCAAAAAUUGUACAACUUCUAACAAGAUGGUAUUGUCACGGAGCCAAGAAGGUACUAACGCAGUUUUUGGUUGUUCUUAGUCUCCACAAUGUAAAGAACAGCCACAAACCACAAAUUUGGUGAAACAUUCGGGUAAAUUGUUGUCUUUGUUUCUGUGCUGCUGAUGGAACAGUUGGAGCUCCUUACAGACACAAUGUAAAAUAGAGUUCAAUUACACAUAACAACCCCUAUAAGACUAUGAGGUCUGUUUUUCUCUGCAGCACUACUGAUGUAAAAAAAAAAAAGACUUAAUACCAAUUGUUCAUGUUGGCACAGUACAAUGGACCGUAAUAUUCUCCUUUCUCAGAGCUUUAUUGUAACAAUGCAAGGACAAUUCGUCCUAUCCACCUUUUCCCUUCAUAAAAGUAUUAAUGCAUCAACUCUCUGGCGCUCUGUCCUCUCCAUGUUCUGCUUCAGAGCGUUGUGCGUCAUCUCCACCAUCCACCUCCCGAGCGGUGUUGUAAUCGUUAAUGCAUUGUCUUAUUUUGAAGAAUGUGCAUCUCCCCUUCUUUUCUCUUCCUGUCUUUCACUAACUUGUUUGGUUGUUCUCUUAUUUUCUCUCCCUUUGUGUUCCAUGUCACAUCUCACUUGUAGCAGCGCCAGGUUACAACGCUUAUUCCAAAAAGUUGGGAUGCUGUGUAAAAAAACAGAAUGCAUUGAUGUGCAAAUCCUUUUGGACUUACAUUCCAUUUAACCCUUUGAUGCACAACAUGGGUCUAAAGUGACCCGAUAUAUAUGAGUUUUUAUGUUCUAUAUCUUUGCAAUUAAUUAUUUAUAUCAUUCAGUAUUCCAGGUUUUCCCCUUUUUGAUCAUCAUACAUCCUAAUUUUAUGUUUUUUCUUGAUUAAUAUUUUAAUAAAAUCCCUUUUUGUGUGACAACUCUUCUAAUGCU